AGUGUUUUUCUUGUUUACCCCUUAAUCCCCCCAUUCCAAUUACUGCCACAACUUUCUGCUCUGUUAUUGGUUCGUGCAACGGUUUGAUUUGUGUUGCUGUUUGGUAUGAUCAUACUGCUAAUGCCGAAACUCCUGAUUUUUCAUUACUAUUAUGGAAUCCGGUUAUUAGACAAUGUAGGUUUCUCCCUAAACAUCAGUCUACUUGUAAGCCCGAUGUUCUGGAAUUUGGUUAUGUCCCCGAAAUUAAUGAUUAUGUGAUUGUAAAAGUUGGAUCUCCGGGAUUCGAUAUUGAGGUCUACAAGAUGAGGGCCGAUUCUUGGACAACUAUUCAUUGCAAUUAUUUUGCUGGUGUUGAUUCCAUUCCGACUGUCUAUCGAGUUCGGACUCCUGUCUUCUUGAAUGGAUCUUUUCAUUGGGCCACCAAAAGGAGCAAAUGGCACAGAACAAAUGAGACCGACUAUAUUGUGUACUAUAAAGUUAAAGAUGAGAAGGUAGGAAUUAUGAAUGUCUUUGAUAAUUAUAGUGCUAUUUUUGAUAUAGUGGUGGAUGAUGAUGAGAGAUCUUUUGAUGAUUGGAAACUUUCGGUGAUAGAUGAAAGAUUAGCCAUGAUACAUUGGUGCGGGGAACGAGGGAACUUAUUCGAAGUAUGGGUGAUGAAUGAUUAUGGUAUUGAUAAUUCCUGGACUCGCCUCUUUCAAAUUGCUGAUACUUUGUGUAGUUAUGUAAAUCCCAUGGGUUAUUGGACUAAUGGAUUGAUGUUACUUGACCGGACAGCAUGUUUGAAGAGGGGCUUUGAUCAGUUGCAGGUGUUUUUCUUUUAUGAUGUUGAAACUAGAUCCUUGAAGAAAAUUCCGCUGGAUCAUUCAACGGGGCAGCACCCCACCUUAAGGUCAAGAGUCGGAUGGACCAGACAUGUCAAAUAUUGGUGGACAGGGUCUGGGAAAAAUCAUCUUUGGCGACAAUGCAAAAGUUUGACAUGGACCAAGAUGUUCUGGCGCCAAAACAUCCAAAGAGGAAUCAAGAUAGUGACAGAUUGAGAAGUCACAGAAGAGAAGAAUUUAUAGACAAAUCGAUAUUGUAUUGGGGAAGUUGGUUACAUAACAGUUCUUAUCCUCGUUAUUUUGUAGUGGCUCUGUGGCUGUAAUGUAUUAGAUACCUAUUGUGUAUUGAUUGAUUUCUUUAUAGGCUGUCUUACAUAUUUGUUGGUACUAAUCUCCAGGAUCCGGAACUUGAUAAAUAUGUUGCCGAGUUCCUGAAAUCCAGCAAUUUCUUGGUGGAGGAGGAUUGUUCGAAACGUAUUAUAAUACUGUGCUCGAGCCUAAAACCGAAAGUAAGGUCUUCUGUUUAUUUGUCUAAGAAUUUGGAUCCGCAUUUGACCACCUCAAUUGAGAAGCUACGGACGGCCGUUGUAGAUAUAUAUUUUGUGACUGAAGGUCAAAGAAUGUCCAACUCUAUUUUAUUAUUUAUACGCAAUGUAGUACAAUUUGAAUAUUGAAAGUUGAGGAAACUAAUGACAAACAGGCCGAGGAUUGGCUGAUCUUUUAAGCUCUGAAGUUGCUUCGCGUCUUGUUAAGAUCCUCGAAGAAAUUGACCUUUUUGACAUUCAGGUUUGCUGAGUGUUAAUGCUGUGUACAUUAAAAAUUUGUUACAAUCUUUUCUAUAUCAAGGACACAACAGUUUUGCACUUGUGUCAGUCUAUGGCUGCUGGAAUUCUCUCGCGUUUAAGUUUUGACAAGUGCGGCAAAGUUAUAAAAGAGGCAAUUCCAGUCCUUUUGAAAUAUAUAUGCAGUGACGCGCCUCAAGUAGCAACUCCGGUAAUCUGUAGGAGUUUCCGAGUCAGUUUUCUUAUCACUGUGAAUGCAAUGUAACUAGAUUUGUUAUCUAAAUAUGUAGGCUGCGUCAACAUUGGCACGUUUAGCUUAUAAAUCCUCCAAAGCGAUAGAAGUUUCUUAUCCAUGAACUUUCAGAAAUGAAACAAGUACGAAAACACUAGAGCUUUCACUAUCAAA